UCUUCUUGUUCGAUGAAGCAAGUUGUUUGUUGAAGGAAGAAGGUUGCACUAAAUAUUAUCAAAAGAAAUCAUGUCUACUCCAGCAAGAAGACGUCUUAUGAGGGAUUUUAAACGAUUACAAGACGAUCCUCCUGCUGGAGUKAGCGGAGCUCCAUCUGAAAAUAAUAUCAUGAUAUGGAAUGCUGUAAUAUUUGGGCCCCGUGAUACGCCAUUUGAAGAUGGGACUUUUAAGUUACAAAUGGAAUUUACUGAAGAGUAUCCGAAUAAACCACCAACAGUUCGUUUCAUAUCCAAAAUGUUCCAUCCAAACGUUUAUGCAGAUGGUGGUAUAUGUUUAGAUAUUUUACAAAAUAGAUGGAGUCCUACUUAUGAUGUAUCUGCUAUCCUCACUUCUAUACAGUCUCUACUGGAUGAACCAAAUCCUAAUAGUCCUGCUAACAGCCUUGCAGCCCAGUUGUACCAGGAAAGCAAGAGGGAGUAUGAAAAGAAAGUCACUGUUAUAGUUGAACAAAGUUGGAUUAACAGCUAACUAUGUGAUCAUGCCUCCAAUCAACGUGGAUUAGCAGUGCUUCUAAACUCAUUGCUUGCUGAAAUCAAUAUAUAACAUAAGACUGGCUGAUAUAGACAGGAGUUAAAAUAAACUAUGCUYUGUUACGAAAAAAGCCUUUCUUAUGCUAAUUAGGGAUAUAAAAGAGAGUUUUAGAAUCUCGUUUACAGCAAACAUGAAACUUAAGUUACGUUUACCAGUGAAAAAUUCUUUAAAAUUAGUAAAAUGAAUUGCAAUAACCUCCAAGUGGUAAUUAAACAAAAUAACAUUUGUCUUUGGUGACAAGGUUYGUAAAACGUAAAGUGAAAUACAGGAAACGAUGAAAAUGUGAUCAUGUUUGCCAUUUGCGGGAAGAAAAAAACGGCAAUUUAAAGCUUUCUUACAAAUAUUUCGUUGUAAAUUUGAUAACYGUUACAGCAAGCAAAAAGUUUUGRUCUUUGUUUAGAUCUACUGCAAUCUAACAAUUUCAUAUGUAUAUUGCUGUUACUUUAUAGAAUACAAACUGUUUGCUUUACCAAAAACUAGUAAAUACAAUAAUUGUUUUCAUUGUAAAAAUUGUAAUUUUGCUCUUUAUUUUCAUUAUGCAGUAAAGCAGAUAUGUUAAUGUACAAUGAAUAAGAGUGUUUACAAGAGUAGGAGAAUGGGUGGGUUGAAAUCAGUGCUAAUAUGUAUUUGUACAUAUCAUAUUAUAACAUGUUUAUAACAGGAAAAUAAAGGCUUUUGAUACAGUCAAAUAAUGUCAAA